AUGGGAUUUGUAAACUGUGCCAAAGGCCGUUCACAAACUGGCUCAGGGUCCACAAAGCCCAACACCAAGCAGACUCAGCUUUUCAAUAGGAAAAGGGAAGAGAGGGUUGAGAGGAGAAGGGAAUCUGACCGGGAUGACUUAUCUGUGGCAGGGGUGCAGCCUUUUAUAGAGGAGAAAGAGCUGGAGGUUUUGGAGAAAAGACAUUCAGAUCUUUGGUUAAACGAAAAACGGGCAAACAAUCUAGAAGACAGUGUGAUUGAGUUUGAUGAAGAUUUGGCCUCAGAUCCAUUAGAUUCGGAAUAUGUCCCACCUAUAUCUUUGAGUGCUGGUGUUGCAAUUCAAAGAGAAGGGCACAUCAAUCAUAUUGGAAUGGUUCUGCUCUUAUGGACACAAUCAAAAGAUGGCAUUGUGGCCCUUGCUGACGGGAGAAUGGACUCACCAGGUCAUUCUGCAACCAUGCAAGCAGCCGAGAAGAGUUCAUGGACAUGUGGCGAGGUGUACUGCACCAUGUUAGUGGCGUGCAUGAGUGGGACCUGGCGUGUUGCAGUCCGACAACAAGAAAUAGUCAAUUCUGCCCCACCUGUGGAAAAUGUCAAAGCGCGCUGGCCAGCACUUUAUACAGAGAGACAGGUCCUGGCAGAAUUUAACCAGAUCACCAGCUCCAAACUGGGCAAUGAUUUCGUUGAAGCAUUGGAUUGCCUAACGACACAGUUCAUCAAGCUCUUUAAGGCCAAAAGGGGGUCUGCUGGCGCUAAGCUUUCCAAGAUUGUCCGGCACCUCGAUUCCUGUCAGAGGAGAUGGAGAAAGGAGAAAGGUACACAUCAAAAGAGAUGGUGGAACUGCAGGAAAACCCUGGUGACCGAGAGAUCCUUAAAGAUUAUAAUUCUUGACAUGAGUGAAACACAUGGACAAAUGCCUUCCCGAAAACAAAAAGAAAGCUAUGCUCUUAGAAUUAUCACACUUUUUUCAUUGAAGGAUCCAUUUUCUCAAAAAGGUUAUACUAAUCUCGCCUCGUAA